CAGGAGGUAAUGGAAGAUAACGGAAUUUUGAGACAUAAGGACAUCUACACUAGACACACAACGGCUGCAAUAUUGGUUGCGACAGGAUAAGGUAGUUUAUGUAGGGCUAGGGCUUGUGUGUACUAAGCGUAAUAAAUGUAUUUUAAUUGUUCGUUUGCUAGCUAAGGCUAAUUUUACUUGAGCAUAAUACUUGCGUAGCUUCCGUUUAUCAGCUAAUAUUGCGAAAAAAACUGGCUACAUGCCUAUACAUUUAUGACCAUAUUCAUUAUUUACCAAAGUCGUCAAGUCAGCUGGUCACUUUUUUCCUCUGCAGCUAAUUGAUAACUUUUAAGCUUGCUAAGACAUAAUAGGCAAUAGCUCGUUUACCAUUAGUUACCAAAAGAGAAAGGAUUUACCAUUCAGUUACCCGUUAAUAGUUGUGAAAUAAACGCCUUAAAGAGUUUUCUAGACAAGUUAGGACUUCCAGACUGCGCUAUAUAUGAAAUUUUCUUACCAGUUGUAGCCAGGUUUGUGACGAAAUCAAAGUUAUAAUUUUUGAAGAAACCUUUUGAUAUUGGCCUAUAAUAUAUUUGGUCUAAAGUAAAUUUUGAUUGUCUUCCAAGUAGGCUAUAUCCUCGCGUUUGUACUGUUACCUAUCGCAUUUGAAGGAACACUUCUACAAGAUCAACUAUGAGCGAAAACUCCAGUGCUGUUGGAUGUGAAAUGAAUUACGAUAAAAAUAUUUCGAACCUUGAGAAAAGUAACAAACAAGGCGACAAUGCCCCUGUACAGACUGAACUAAAGAACGUUUCAAGUGAACCAACAACGCGCUUAUAUAAAAGGAGAUGGGUGAUAGUAUUUAUGUUCAGCUCAUAUUCAUUGUGCAAUGCAUUUCAGUGGAUACAGUACGGAAUUAUCAACAAUAUUUUUAUGAAGUUUUACAAUGUGGAUUCCUUCGCCAUAGACUGGAUGUCAAUGAUCUACAUGCUGACAUACAUCCCCUUUAUAUUUCCCGUCACCUGGCUUUUGGAUAAAAAGGGUCUCCGGAUCAUUGCGCUUGUGGCCACCGGUUUUAAUUGUUUGGGCACUUGGACGAAAGUAGCUAGCGUCAGACCCGAACUAUUUGCAGUGACAAUGUUCGGACAGUUCAUCUGCUCAUUCGCCCAAGUUUUUAUCCUUGGAAUGCCAUCCCGGAUCGCCUCGGUAUGGUUCGGCUCAGAAGAGGUCUCUACAGCCUGUUCAAUUGGAGUUUUUGGGAACCAGCUGGGCAUUGCCAUUGGGUUCCUUGUUCCCCCUAUCCUGGUGCCCAAUGUGGAGGACAAGGACAAGCUUGCACAGCACAUUAGCAUCAUGUUCUACAUGACUGCUGGAGUAGCCACCCUGAUCUUCAUUUUGGUGGUGAUUGUUUUUCAGGAGAAGCCGAAAAUCCCACCCACUCAGGCCCAGGUUGUAGCACGCAACAUCCCACCGGACCAGUACUCCUACACGGCCUCCAUCUUGAGACUGGUGCGCAACGUACCCUUCAUCCUCCUGACCAUCAGCUAUGGACUGAAUGUGGGCUGCUUCUAUGCCGUCUCCACACUACUGAACCGGAUGAUCAUCGAUCAGUACCCCGGUGAGGAGGUGAAUGCCGGAAGAAUCGGCCUCACCAUCGUCAUUGCUGGCAUGGUGGGCUCCCUCAUCUGCGGCAUCUGGCUGGACAAGACCAAAACCUACAAGCAGACAACGCUGGCCAUCUACCUUUUGUCCUUUGUAGGGAUGGUGCUGUAUACCUUCACCCUCAGCCUGGGCCACUUGUGGUUGGUCUUCAUCACUUCCGGAGCACUCGGCUUCUUCAUGACGGGAUACCUGCCCCUGGGAUUUGAGUUUGCCGUGGAGUUGACGUACCCCGAGUCGGAGGGCACCUCUUCAGGGCUGCUCAACUGCUCAGCACAGGUAUUCGGAAUCCUGUUCACCAUCGGUCAAGGGAAGAUCAUCGACCAGUUCGGCACGCUCGCUGGGAACAUUUUCCUCUGCGUGUUCCUCUUGAUAGGAACUGUCAUGACAGGUUUCAUCAAGUCGGACCUCCGGAGGCAGAAGGCGAAUCGGUUGGCGGAGGCGGGCGCUGCGGGCCUCCAUUCUUCAAGUCAGAACUAUGGGGCCACAAGCCCCACAACUACCUGCAGCCGCAGUCCUGACUUUUAACCCCAACCCCAGUAAACCCCAAACACAGAUGCGCCAAGGUAGGGGGACCAACUUAUCAUCCACACUCAUUUCUGUGUGGAGCUAUAACUACCAACUUACCACCACACCAAGCCUAUCUGAAACAGCUGCAGUUACUGUAAGUUAACCUAAUUGAAGCUCCCUUUCUCUGAACAUUCAUUUAAUGUUGUAGAGAGGUUAUAACAGAAGUACCGGGCUUACGUUUAUUCACACAGCAAGGUAAGUUUGGAGAGGGGCCACUGCCCACCAAAACAAGAAGUGGUAUCAUGCUUAAAACUUGAGAAAAAGGCUUUGGUACUGUAGCACAGAUCAGUCUGUUAGUAGUUAGUGAAGAUGAAACGAUGCCAGUCUAUUAGUCAUAUGGCACCCGUUUGAUUUAACAAAUGAGGAACUGUAGCCAAAUUCCAAAUGGCAGUCCUAGUAAUUAGUUGGCCCUUAGUGCUCUGUGAUCGUCUCCACCAACUUUCUUUGUACAGCCACUCCUGUUUUCUUGCACAGAGCCCACCACCCUCCCCCCCCCCCCAAACAUUUUAACCAUGUCCUGUGCUUAGAAACACCAGUUCAUCCAGGGCAGGGGUUCCCAAAACUCUGUCCUGGCCCCCUUGUUAAAAUUCUGGGUUUGCGACUGGUUAAAAAUGAAAACCGGCAUACACAAGGGGGCCCCAGGACAGAGUUUGAGAACCACUGAUCUAGGGCAACUUGCAUUACCACCUGAAUCCCAGUGGGGUUACUGCAGGCAUUGACUUGUCACGAUCACCUGAUUAAUUAUAUAAUUCAGUUAUGACCCUCAUAAAAGAAACAAAUUGAUGUAAUAGGCUAUACAGGGUGAGAGGAAUGGACGUAACAUCAGAAGAGAAUCAAACACAAAAAAGUAUUUGAAUUACUGUGUUUAUUACUGUACCCUCCUGAUAAAUGGACUCCAUUGGUGUGCAGUGUAAAUUGCACAGUUCACAACAGGCUAAUGUGGGCACAAAAUAGACUGACAUUUAUUGCCAAUAGCAUCAAUCCUCUGAAAGCAUCUGAAUAAACUAGGGGGAAUCCUCCAGUGAAAGAUUUGCGUGCAGUUAUUCCAAUUGAAAAAGCUGGCAAUCCUAAAUGAUGUUUUACACAUUAUUUGUUCUGCAAGGAAAAUCUAUGGACUUCGAUUUGAAGUUAUUCUUGCCGACACUGAAUAAUUUAUAGCUCAGUCGCAGAUAGCAUCAAACCAUGGCUUCUUAACUUUGAGGGUCAUUUCAUCAAUGUAACUGCAUUUGUCUCAGAUAAUACAAGUUACAUGUUGAAAACAUACAAAGAAACCCUCAAAGGCUUGAUGCCAAAUGCAGUUAAUAACAGAGACAGACUAUGAUCAAAUUUUAUCAAAGUUUAAACGCAUCAUAUUUCAUUUGACUUCUAUUUUUAGCCUUUUUUAUAAGCAUGUGCAAACCAUUUCAGUGUUGUGAUUAGUCUUAUUAAACCAUUUUUGUGCAGAUAAUGCAAUUGCAUAAAAACCAACCCUGUUCCUGGAGAUCUACUAUCCUGUUGGUUUUCAUUCCAACCCAAACAAAGCACACCUCAUUCAACAGCUAGAGAUCUUGUGGAGCUGCUAAUUAGUAGAGUCUGAUGUGCCAAAAUAGGGUUGAAAGAAAAACAUACUGGAUGGUAGAUCUCCAGGAUUGAAAUGAAAACCUACUGGAUGGUAGAUCUCCAGGAUUGAAAUGAAAACCUACAGGAUGGUAGAUCUCCAGGAACAUGGUUGGUUACUAGAGGCUUAGGAGAGAGAAACACCUUACAGUCAGUUGUGCAUGGAGGAUAGCAUGUGAUGGCAUGGCAACACUGCCAUCGAUUAUCAUCUGCGCUUAACUGGUGGCAAUUGAUGUGAAGCAUUGCGGAGGGGCUCAUGCUGAGGGAUGAUUGAACUGCCCUAGAUAAACUGUUGUCCCUACUUAUGCUACAAGCAUUGGUGGAAAGUCCAGGGAUCAGAAAGUGAAAGUCCUGCCGUGUGUUUCUUCCACCCAUGAACUCAGCCGACUGACUUCACUGAUUAUUUCUACCUCCUGGCUGACGAAUUAUGCUAAUUAGCAAAUUCAGGUGAUUAGAACAAAGUACUGAGGAGGGCUUUUACUUCCUGAACCUGGAUUUUCCUCCUCUGGCUACAAGGCUGUUGCUGUGUAUUUAAAACAGUAUUCUAUCAACCUAAAUCCCCAUGGGGUUGCAGUGUCUGCAGGUUUUUGUGGUUUCCUUUCAAUCAGAUGCUAAUUAAGGCCUUGAGAACAAAAGGCCUUAAAAACCAGCAGGCACUGCAGUCCUCCAGGAUGCCUGUGAUUUGAAGUGUUCAAAUGUUAACCUGUAUUACACAAAUGUAAUUCAUAUUUAUCUGUGUUGUAUGCUUUUUCUGAAGAAUCUGGACUUUCAGAAAAGAUGUGUUUUGAAACAUUCACUGUGUUCAUGAUUUUUCUUGCUGCAAUGAGAAUUGUGUGCAUGUAUUUUGUGUGUGUGUGCGUACUGUGUGAUGAUUUUGUUUUGAGGACUGAUGAUCACUGUGCUGUAAAUCUGCAGAUGCGAUGAGUCACUGCAGGGCCAGGCUCUGAAAUACAUGCAUCGUGAAUAAUAGUGGGUGUAUGAAAAAUGUGCAAUUCUCUCUGCUUGUGACAUAUCAUUUUGUCUACUGUUAACUCCAUUUUGUAUGUACCCAAGAAGUGCCAGUUAAUGAAUAAAAAUUGUAAUUAACAUUAAUCAAACAAAAUUACAUUUUAAUUCAUCAAUAUUAUAUUAUGAAGUUAAGGGAAUACUGAUUGUUGGAGGUUUUUGUCAUUAGCUCAAACUUUGUCCUCAUUAUAUUGGUUUGUACUCUGCUGUCUGACUAUAAGAUAGGAACACCGUGGUAAUUUUAAUUUCCUGUUCUCUGAUUGGCAGCCUUUGAAGGAACACCUGGAGGAAGGCCUCACUGUACCUGUGGUCUUGAACGAGGCUAAGCUGUAGGAACAGGCAGUCUGUGGGAUGGACAUGCAGAUGCCUCUGUUUCCUUGCCUUCCCUUCCCUACUCACACACCUUAAACCGUGUUUUCACUGACCCACCUUAGCUGCAUGUGUUGAGAUACGCAUUUCCAGUAAGUCUCACACGCUACUAGUGUGCUGCACGCAUCCACAUCUUAAGAGCCAUACGUUUUUAAUACAGCCUAUGGUACGUGUCUAUAUCACACAUCAGUAAAUGAAAUGAUUAGUGUAUUAUAACGUCAGAAUAAAAAAAUCCUUCUGCCGUUAUAAUAUCUAGUUUAUUUACCAAUGUGUGAUAUGCACCGUCUAUAUUUUAAUUUUUUUGCUAUUCCUAUUUUUAAAAAUAUUUUUUCUAUACCAAUUUUGGAGCAGCCAAAACAAAAAAGAUUGGGGUGAGGGAUUAUAUGUGGCAUACAACACAGGAGCAACAUGAUUUUCAAAUGUGAUCCAAUGUUGAUCUAUGAACAGGACUGCUCCCUAGCUUUGAGUAAGCAGCGUAAAAAACACUUUCUGGUUGUAGUGUUUACUUCACUGGGCUUGCUCCAAACCUGCCUUUGCAUCUCCAGUACCAAUUGGCUAUGGAAAUACCCCCAGAGUCUUUUCAGGUGUAACCAACCUGCAGCUAACUUGCGUCCGCAGAAACACAGCUAUAAACACCACUACAGACACACACACGCACACAGUACAGACAACAUCUCCUUAGGCCAAGUAAGGGACACAUGAACAUACACACACAAACAACUGAAGUAAUGCUGCUUCCCUUUUAAGAAUGUGAGGAUUGGGAGCAUCAGUUUAACAUACAGUGCUGCACUGUUGUCAGGGAAAACUGUCUCCCAGUGAUAAACAGGUGAGGACUGAGGAAUCUGUCAGAGAUGGAUGGAGAGAUGGCCAGUCACCCAACCUCAUCUCAAACACAUGGCUGAUCACUGGAUUGGAGCUAUUCUCAUUUCACUAUCCAGUAACAAAUUCUGACUUUUCAAAUAAUAUAAUUACUGCGGUCACCUAGGGAACUUUUAGCGUAAUUCACUUUGUAGCUUACAUUGGACCUCAACACACAUGAGUUUUGGAAAUAUGAUCGAAUACUUUUAUAAAAAAUCCUACCAGCAGUGCAUUCUACCAAAUCCCACAAUGGUAAGGGAUUAUGUAUGUAUUCUUAAAUGAGCAAUAUUCAAAUUGUGCUUGAUUUUUCUUAUACUAGACCAAUACAAACAAAUCUUUACAUUGCUGAAGAUUUUUAACUGUUCUAUUUUUUUAGAAUAUGAAAGUUAAAAUUAGAAUGCUGAUUCAGCCAGUGGUAUGGUACUUUCCCCACUAUGGCGGUCCAGACCACCUGUCGAGCAGGUAUGGAGUGUGGUGAUAAAUGGACGGUGAUUACCAUCUGCCAUACGAGAACAGCAGGGAGGUACCCUGGAACACCAAUACCAUUGAUACAGUUGAUGCUGUGCAUCUGGGAAUGUCUCAGAAGGUCAGUUUCUGACCUGUACAGUAGACACGUAAGUCCUGCCUUCACAGCGUUCUCAGAGAGAAUAACAGACACUUUAGGACUGUAGUAUAUUACUCCAUGGCAGAUCUUUGUGUUCAUUAGUGAGCACUCUCUAAUAAUACUAUAGUUACUGACUCCAAGCACAAAAGUUAGUUUCAUAGAACCAGAGGGUCAUGGCAGCUGCAACCAUGAAACAUGUGGAUACUGCUGUGAAAUGGACUCUUCUGUACAUCUGUCAAUAAAACUAGGUAGAUUACUGUAAAACACAGACCAGUUUAGCGAUCAAAGAUCAAUUUUGUGAAAUUAACAUAUGGUGUACUGUACAAUGGGGGUAUAUGAUUUUUUUUGCUUCAUAUCAAUAAAUUCUAUUUAACCAAGUUUCUGGUUAAAACUGAAGCCAUAGUUGGGCAAAUUGUAUUUUAGCAUUUAUAUGUAUGAUUCUCUGUAUUUGUUAUUGAUAAAAAAUAUAUACUAUUUCAAGUAAGAUUUUUCUGCUAAUAUUUAUGAAUGUGUUGUGUUUCUAAAAACAGCAGUGAUUUUCCUGAAUUGUUCUGUAAUCCUAAAUACCAUUAUCUUACUACAUCAGUGGUUAUAACAUUGUUUAGUAGGCUAAUUUUCUAUACCUGUCAAUGAAAAGUGAUUUGUGAAGCUUGUGCUAUUUAAUAAUACAAAAGAAUAACAAUUAUAGUUUUGUACUACAAAUUGUUCUUACUCAUCAUUUAUACACGUUACAGGUGUGAACUAUGAAGCUAUUUUGUUGAAAUAAAGAUUAU